AGCAAUUCUGGGCCAAGCACCUUUGGUUCUCACGCGUUUUCGAGACCGCACCGAGCGCUAUUGCGCUCCAGGGCCCCACCAGCGUCAGGCACAUGGGUAUUGCUGCGAAGAUCGUCGCAGUCGCCGCGCUGGCCCUCGUCAAGGCCACGGAGGUGUGGUUACUCGCCGAUCUGGGCCAAACGUGCACACAAGCUUGUGAAGAAGCGUCUUUGACUUGUGUCGACCAAGACUGGGAAAACGAGGACGUACUGACCCAGAGAGACGUGGCCGGGUUGGUCUGCGUCGACUGUGACUCAUGGUCUUCAACCAACUCAAUGGCUCCAAUGAUAAGAAACGACAAUAUAUGCUUUGAGGCCAUUCAGUUUCUGUACAAACCAUGUGGUCAAGAUGCUGGAGACAGUUCGCAAAUGUUCUGCAAGUGCGAGGGCGACGGCGCCGUUCAGCCCCCGUGCCCCGGCUCCAACGCCGGCUCCGUCGCAGAUCCCGUGGCGGCGGCGUGCGAGCACCAGGCCAAUGGGUGCGAGAUCGAGUGCACGGAGAGCGACUUCCGAGCAGCGUGCGGUGGCACAUCGUGUUGCGAGCUCUUCCAGCAGGCCCUCGUGGAUCUCCGCAGUGACGACGGCAGCUCGGACCCCAGCGAACCUGUCAGCUGCAGCGCGGUCCAGGAUAUAAUCGCGCAGCAGUGCAGUUCGUGCGCGGAGUGCGAUGCCAGGGCGGAGCAGGGCGGUGCGAGGCUCUUGACGGACGGCCAGGCGUCGGCCGGGCGGUGGUCUUCGAGGGCCGCCGCAGCGGUCGCCCUCACGGCCCUAGGAGCAGCUGCUGUCGCUGUGCUCGGAGUGGCCGCCGUGGCGCUCAGGCGCUGGGGCGCGGUCCGGGCGCUGGGCGACGCGGGCGAGGGUCAGGAUGAAGAGCUCGUGCUUGUUAAAGCCCCAGGGUCAAGUUCACCCGCGGAGUGCUGACCCGCCCGUACUAGUUGGACGAAAGGUGCCCAAAGCGGCGCAGUUUAAAGCAGGUUCAGAUGGGCUCGAUCUAUCGAGGACGCCGGCGGAGCAUCACUGGGAUCAUACGAAUGGAUUUCAGAUACUCGGAGGCCCCACCUUUUUUUUUUCUGAGGUGCUGCAUGGACCCCGACGGUGCCACACGACUGGAGGGACGCGGCACUGGCCAAUGGCCCUGCACAGGACACAGGCCUCUAAUAUACAUAGAGACCGUCUACGCUCCUUGGCGCGGCGCCCCAAGUGGUCGCCUUGCUGGAGGGCCCUAUGCUGGCCGCGCGGCCUGGCGGGCUCCGCGCCCAAAGGCGACGGUUGCCGUCGGGCUUCUUCGCCUGAGGCAGAGGCCGCCAUCGCCCUGUUGCGGGGCUGGCCGACGGGCGGCGGCGGUGCCAAGCCCCGGGAGGAGGAGGAGGAGGAGGAGGAGGAGGA